ACUCUAACCGUAUUUUCUCACCUCAAACUUGGAGUAGCAAAAAACAUCUACCUCGUUCACCUAACAGAUUAUGUUCGAACACAAAAAUUCUAUUUUCACAUCGAUCAUACUAGAAAUGCGAAGCAUAUAAAUUAGAAGCAGGGGCGCCUGCUUCAGUUUUCUCUCGCCUCUUUUUUGAAAAGACAAAGGUUUCAGAAGUCAUUUUCUAAUCAAUCUCUAAACAUGUAUAUAUAGAUGUAUAUAUUGUCUUUUCAGUUGAAGAGAGUGUAAGUACGAAACCCCGGAGUGUUUGGGAGUAUAGACCUGAAAUGGCUUCUUCAGAGAUCGAGCUUGCCCCAGAAACCCAAAACAAUUUGGGACACGAAGAACAGCUGAAAAAUAAUGUGUAUGCCGCAGCUACAUAUGGCGAUGUGGAGACUUUAAAGAGGUUGUUGUUAGAGGAGGGUUGCUCUGUAGCAAAGCCUGAUGGCAACGGUUAUUAUGCUCUGCAGUGGGCUGCUUUGAAUAAUCAUACCGCAGCUGUACACUUCAUUCUUGAGCAUGGUGGGGAUGUAAAUGUUGCUGAUAAUGGUGGGCAAACCGCUUUGCAUUGGGCUGCUGUCCGAGGUUGUGUUGAGGUUGCAGAGAUUUUACUCCAGAAUGGUGCCAGGGUAGAAGCAGCAGAUUGCAAUGGUUAUCGGACAACACAUGUAGCAGCUCAGUAUGGGCAGACAACUCUUUUGUACCAUAUUAUCACAAAAUGGAAUGCUGAUUUUGAUGUACCUGACAAUGAUGGGAGGAGUCCUUUACAUUGGGCUUCUUACAAAGGCUUCACGGACUGUAUUAGAUUGCUUUUAUUUAUGGAUGCAUCUCAAGGACGACAAGACAAUGAAGGUUGUACUCCUUUGCAUUGGGCUGCAAUAAGGGGUAAUUUAGAGGCCUGCACUGUGCUCGUGCUCUCAGGCACAAAACAGGACCUGGUGGCAAAAGAUAAAAAAGGCUGCACUCCUGCACAGAUUGCAGUUGACAGAGGUCAUCAGCAUGUGGCUUCAUUUCUUUUAAAUGCCCAGAAGAAAUUAAAUCGUCAGUGGGAUGAGAACAGUUAUAUUGGAAAGAUUGCAAAGCUAGGACUUGCACCUGUACUUUUUUUUGUGAUGGUUGCACUUAUAAUCACUUUUUUCAACUCAGUCCUGACAUCAUCCACGCUUUUAAAGGUAACAGCUGUUGUUGGGCUAUGGGGAUGGUUUGCAGUUUUCCUUGGAUCAGUUGGCCUCAUCAUGUUCUACAGAUGCAUCAGUAAGGAUCCUGGGUAUAUUGAAAUGAAUUCACGCGACUCACAUACCUCUAAACAUGAAGAUGAAUCUUUGUUAAACAGUGAGUUAAACAAUUCUGCUCCGUGGGCAGGAUUUUGGUCUCAGCUUUGCCCAACUUGCAAGAUAAUCAGGCCUGUACGAUCCAAGCAUUGCUCUUCUUGCAACCGUUGUGUUGAGCAAUUUGAUCACCAUUGCCCAUGGAUUUCUAACUGUGUUGGCAAGAAGAAUAAGUGGGACUUUUUUGUGUUCAUAUGCCUUCAAACCUCUGCAACAUUUAUUGGUUGUGUAGUUGCUAUUCAGCGGCUUUGGACCGAUCCUAUGGCACCUUCAUCUUCUAGCCCAUGGAUGCAUUAUUUACUUGUUUACCAUCCCGGUGCAGUAGCAUUUCUAUGUGUUGGCACAUUUGUUUUAAUUGGUGCUACAACACUGACUGUCGUACAGGCAACACUGAUUGCACGGAACAUGACAACAAAUGAGAUGGCAAACCGGAAUCGUUACACUUAUCUCAAAGCUCCAGAUGGUCGAUUUCAGAAUCCUUACAAUCAUGGGUUUCAAAAGAAUUGCACAAAUUUCUUUGUUAAUGGUUAUAAUGAAGAUAAUGAGAUUCCCUGGAAGUCUUUACUAGAGAGUGGAGUUUGAAUACAUGGGUAGGUUCUAUGUUAAGUUCCCUUCGUGUAGUCAUCAAAAACCAACCAUUUUGAAUAUUGAUUAUACUCGGAAUAACUUCCAUGAAUGUUGAAUCUGCAGUUACUAAAACCUGACAUUCAGGCUGUAUAAAUAUUUUUUUUCAAGUAUUCAACUAAUUUGUCAUUUAAUAACCAGGGAACUUUCCUUGACUUUUCUGAUU